AAAGAAGGCUGGCACAAAAAUUGUGGGAGGCGUAGAAACACAGGUGAAUGAGUACCCUUGGAUGGUUAUGAUGGCUAAUCCUCAGGGAAGUUACUACGGAUGUGGAGGUACCCUAGUUUAGCAGAGUGGGUUGUAACUGCUUCUCAUUGUAUUUUUACAGAUGGACCAAACCAGGACCAAGCAAUCACACCAAGCCAAAUAUCUGUUGUUCUUGGAGAGCAUGAUCGAAUCUCAACUACAGAAACACAAAUCAGGAAGCAGUUUUUUGUUGAGAAGAUUAUUACACAUCCAGGAUAUGUUCGGGCUACAUUUAAAGAUGACAUUGCUCUUCUUAAGCUCAGUACAAAGGCUGAUCUGAAUAUUUAUACUCCAGCAUGUUUACCACCUACUGGGACAUCGUUUGUUGGGAAAACUGGAACAGUUUAUGGUUGGGGUACAACAUCGUCUGGUGGACAGGUCUCUAACAAGCUAUUGAAAGUUAACCAAGAUGUUGUCAGCAUUGCUACUUGUAAAACUGUUUUUUAUAAUUCGAUUCUUGAUGGUAUGCUGUGUGCAGGAGGAGUACUAGGAAAGGAUUCUUGUCAAGGAGACAGUGGAGGUCCAUUCACAGUUCCUGAUGCAACCAACAUUCAUUCAUUGGCAGGAGUUGUCAGUUGGGGUGAUGGUUGUGCAAAGGCUGGUAGUUAUGGAAUAUAUGCUGAUGUGGCUUACUACAAUGCCUGGCUUCAAGAACAGUUUGCUGCUAACGGUGGAAUAACACUAACCUAAUCACUCUCUAUCUUUACUUUGCAAGAAUAAUAUUAAAAUCCCUUUAUUUCGUUUUUGCAACAAUUCAUCUUUAUAAUUGUAUAUAAAUUAAGCCAAACAGCUGAUUGUAAAACCUUUUUAUCUUUAUCUUACAAAUUUUAAAAAACAACUCAGUUAUUUAACAACAAUUUUCUACAUGCUUAUUACACAUUUUUUUAAUUAUUUAAAUAAAACGCUUUCUUCCGGACAAAUGAAAUUAAUC